GUGAGGUCUGCGACGUUUCCCAACAAAAUGCAGGAGAGCCAACCGGUUGAGGUGAGGGGUCAGGUCGCCUUGGAUGUACCAGACGGCAGAGAGAUAAUUAGCUAGCUGCCCUGGCCUGUUUUACUCCAAAUUCGCCUCUCUUGACGUAAGGUAGCGUCCCAGCUUGUGGUUUUCUUCAUCCUGCCAGGUCUUGUGCCACUGUACGCCCUGAGCUUUCUUUAGUAGUCGGGUGUCUGCAGCUCAGCUCCCCCCCGCAUUCUGGCGCUGAAUAGGUUAAACAACCUAACGAUCUAAUCUUUGCGCGGAUACCAGAGAUCCCCCCUCGUACCACGGCUAGGGAAUCGUACGUUGAUACAAGUAGACGCUUCCUAUUUCCUUGGCCGGUUGCAGAGCAGCAGAGCGUAUUACCAAAGAACCGAGAAGAAAGAAAGGAGAAGUCGAAAGUGGAAUAUCGCACUGAAAGGGGAAAAAAAGAAGAGGGGCGUCUGGGGACAACCUAAGACUGGAUGAUAUCGCGGGCUUGGCCGACUUAGUGGGGAACCACCCCCGGCCUCCACAGGCGCAUAGCCUAUAGGUACUACCUUAGGUAUUCCCAUUCCCCUGCUGGGGCUGCUCUCUCUUUCGCCCGGGCUCUCCAGAAAUACAUCCCUCCCAAUUUUUGGUCACCUCACAUCUCGCAGUCAUUGUCAGCGACUUUCUUCUCUCACACUGCUGUCGCCAGUCGCACCACCACCACCAGAGCAGGCGCGCCUUACCAAUUGUCUAAGCACAAUACUACUCUGUCGUUCGCUUCCUCCCAUCACCAAACCCAUCUGGUAGCUUGUGAAUGCCAGCGCACGAAACCAAAGCUCGCUCCGCCCAAGGUAGCCCUCUUAUCGCUACUGCCGCCCUGCUGCACCCGAAGGUUCCACACCACACACCACCACCGAGGAUGAAAGUCUGAGGGAGUGGCGCAAUAGUUGGCGAGAUUUUCACCAAGAGACGUUUCUCACCUCACUCCAUUCCGAAAAACACUUCUUCCUACUCUGAUAUCGCAUAUCGAGUUCUUGCCGCCAUGCCAGACCACGCUGGAACGGCGGUCGCCGCGCCGCCCCAGAGCGGCUCCAACCCGACCCCUCCCAAGGAGCUAUACCCCAUGGUCAACUGGAAGUAUGACCUCUUCCUCUGGGUCUUGGGCGUGCUGGUCGACCUCUUCUUCCGCGAGGUUCACCCUCGUGGCUCCUGGAAAGUCCCCAAGUCGGGUCCUGUUCUCUUCGUCGCCGCUCCUCACGCCAACCAGUUCGUCGAUGCUCUCAUCCUCCAACGCACCCUCCGACACGAGGCCGGUCGUCGAGUCUCCCUCCUCAUUGCGCAAAAGUCUGUCCAUGGCUUCAUCGGCUGGGGUUCGCGUCAGGUCGGCUCCGUCCCCGUCGGACGCGCCCAGGACGCCGCCAAGCCCGGCGCCGGCGUCAUCUAUCUGCCCGACCCCAUCAACGAUCCUACACUUAUCCGCGGCGUUGGCACCAAAUUUGGCCAAGGAGAGGGCGAGGUACACGGUAUGCUGUUCUUGCCCUCUGCCAAGAAGCAGACCGGCGCCAGCAUCGACAUUGCACAGAUUAUCGGACCCGAGGAAAUCCGCAUAAAGCGCCCGUUCAAGGGCAAGCUGUCGCUCGAGCAGCUUACCGGACGCGAUGAUAUUGACGAGAAUGGCAACUUCACCAACAAGGACCUCAAGGGAUGCAGUCCCGGCUUCAAGGGAACCAAGUACAAGCUCGCCCCGCACAUUGAUCAGACCAAGGUGUACGAGGCCGUCUUCGACCGUCUGAGGUCAGGUGGCUGCGUAGGCAUCUUCCCCGAGGGAGGUAGCCAUGAUCGCACUGAGCUGCUUCCCCUGAAGGCCGGCGUUGCCAUCAUGGCACUUGGUGCCCUCGCCGAAUCCCCCGACUGUGGUCUGACGAUCGUACCCGUUGGCAUGAACUACUUCCACGCCCACAAGUUCCGCAGUCGCGCCGUUGUUGAGUUCGGUCCUCCUUUCGAAGUUCCCCGGCACCUGGUCGAGAUGUACAAGAACAACCAAAGACGCGAGGCCAUCGGCCAGCUCCUCGACAGCGUAUACCAGGCUUUGAGCGCCGUCACCGUUUCCACACCCGACUAUGAUACUCUGAUGAUGCUCCAGGCCGCUCGACGUCUGUACAACCCCACCGGCAAGAAGCUGCCUCUGCCCGUCGUCAUUGAGCUGAACCGCAGACUCGCCAUGGGCUACGAAAAGUACAAGGAUGAUGCCCGGGUCGUCCAUGUGAUCAAGUCUGUUAAGCAAUACAACAAGGAGCUGCGCUACGUCAACCUUCGUGACCACCAGGUCCAGUACGGCAAGAUGUCCAUCCCCAAGGUCAUCUUCCUGUUGUUCUACCGCGUUGCCAAGCUCCUUGUUCUGCUUAUUGGUGUGCUGCCUGGUCUCAUUCUCUUCGCCCCUGUCUUCGCCGCAUCCAAGGCCAUUAGCGUUCGUAAGGCGAAGCAGGCUUUGGCUGGCUCGACAGUCAAGGUUCAGGGACGCGACGUUAUGGCUACAUGGAAACUUUUGGUUGCCAUCUUCCUCGCCCCGACUCUAUACCACUUUUACUCGGCCAUCGUCACCUACAAGGUCUGGCAGGAUCAUCUCUGGGGUCGCGUUCCUGAAUGGGUGCCGUGGUGGACGACAUACUUGGUCAUGUGGCCUCUCAUGGUGGGUAUUACGUUUGCUGCGCUGCGAUUUGGCGAGGUUGGCAUGGACAUCUUCAAGUCUCUGAGGCCUCUGGUCCUCUGUCUGAACCCUGCCUCAAGCUACAACAUCCAGCAGCUGCGUGCGAAGCGCGUCGACCUGAGCUCCCAAGUGACGGAUCUUAUCAACACGCUUGGGCCCGAGAUGUUCCCCGACUUUGAGAAGACCCGCCUGGUGGCAGACCCGUACAAGGCCGACGGAUACUCCCGACCGCGCACACCGCCGGCGCGCCGCGAUAGUGACGCAUCCAGCGCCUACGAUGCCGCGACGCCGCCGUCCAUCUCCAGGAGACAAACCCAGCAGUCGAGCCGUGCGAUGCCCCGCAACGAAUCGUACAGCAACAUUGGUGGCGUCGGCAUCUUCUCCACGCGACCACCUUCCCGGUCGAGGAGUCGGAGCAGCAGCAGCGGAGGCGGUCUCGGGUCGGGCGGGUUCCACAUCAGCGGGUUCACGACUCUGGACUCUGCGGGUGGGUUUGACGAGGCUAGCAAGAAGAUUCGCGAGGCGAUGAAGCUUCGUCGGAGAAAGAGCGGGGAUCACAAGAUGGAGCUGGGUGCGGACGAGAGCGAGGAUGAAGAGUACAACGAGGCGCGCAAGAAGAACACAUGAUGUCACAGAACAGAGACGCAAAGCAACAGACGUAAUAAGCUUUGAAAGAGAAAGAGAAAGCGAGAUGUUCAAGUUGUGGAGACGGGGAUUGGGCGCAAGGUGAUUCCAAUCAAAGAGUACCGUACGGUACGUAUAGACAGCGUUUUAAUAGUUUCAAUAUGGAUUCCCAUUUUGUGUUUUUGCGAA